AUGUCCCCACUAAUACAUCACGACAAUACUGCUCAGGGUGAUAUAGAAACAGGUCUACUAGACGAUCAACACUCCACACCAACAAGUAACUCGGUUGAAAAUGACAACACACAGAAUGAUAGAAUAAUCGAUUCUUCUUCUAGUACCGAUAUAGAGUCUAAUCGUCCCACAAGUCCCCUCAAUCAAGAAAGUAUUGAUACUGCCAGUAACGACACACAAUUAAAUACUACACAAAACAAUGGGUUAUUGUCAAAUUUAAGAAAUAGUGCUGCUAGACGAAUAGAAUCAAUCGGCUUCCAUUUCAAUGUAUUAGAUAGAGUUUUCCAAAGGCAUCAUAACGAUGCUUCGUCAUCAUCUGCCUUUUCGGCAUUAUCCACAGAUUCGAUAAAUGAUAAUACUGCUAACGGUAAUGAACCACAUCGUCAUCACCAUCAUCGUCAUUCUUCUGCAAACCCAUUUUUCAAUCAUGGUGCAUCUUACGACGGGGUAUUCAGUAAUCUAUCAGCUAAACCUACUUCCAAUAAUGAAAAUCAAGAUGGUUCAAAUGAUGAAGAUCAACCUCCUUGUUAUGACGAUGCAGCAAAUGAUAUGGCUCCCUCUUAUUACCAUGGUACAGGUGAUGGAUCAAAUUUAUAUUAUGACGAUAUCUGUAUCGAAGGUUUACCUGUCGGAAAUUUUGCUAAUCUCUUAUGGAAUAUCAUUGUUAGUACAUGUUUCCAAUUUGCAGGGUUCUUAAUUACUUAUGUCUUACACACAUCUCAUGCUGCAAAACAAGGUUCAAGAUUAGGUUUAGGUGUCACUUUUAUUACUUAUGCUUUUUCCAUGGUUCCAAAUGAUGUAACUUCUAAAGUUGGUAAAUAUAAAAAAAUUGAUAGAAUUAAGUUAAAUGAUCCAAUGGAAUUUGAUAAUUUGCAUUUAUAUUCAAAACCAACUGAACAAGAUAAUUUUGAAUCCACUUUGGGUCAUGGUUUAGAAGAAGAAAAACAAAAACUACCUUUGUUGGCUGUAGCAGUUGCAUUAUUAGGUUCUUUCAUUAUUGUUAAAGGUAUUUUCGAUUAUAUUAAAGUUAAAAGAAUGGAAGCUAGAUAUUUGGCACAAGAUCAAGUAUGA